GAGCAGCCAAUUAGGAUGCGGAGAUGAUUUCAGUGAAGCUGCGAUGGAGACCUGCGGAGAAACAGGGAUGGAAACAGAAAUGAGGAUCUGGUUUGAUAUCAGCUCGGUUCAGUAGUUGCAUGUCGCUGUUUCAUAUUUAGAUUAUUGGCCAUGGUUUUCCUGCGGAGGCUCGUGCAGCUGCUGCUGCUGAUGAUCCAGGGCGGAUGGUGGGGGGUCGCUCCGAGCCCCACCGACGAGGGAGCUCUCAGGGCCGGCCUCGGGGAGCACGGAGAGCCGGGGCACCAGGAGCACAAGGACUCGUACAGCACCUUUGCCUCCGAGUUCCUUGAGUCCAGAUAUCUGUCCGAUGACGGUUAUCCGUUUCCCACCGCUCCACCAGUGGAUCCCUUUGCCAAGAUCAAAGUCGUUGACUGUGGAGUCACCAAAGGCUGCAUCAGGUAUGGGAAGCCAGGGUGUGAUGCAGAGUCGUGCGACUACUUUCUGAGCUACCGUCGCAUUGGCACAGACGUGGAGUAUGAAAUGAGUGCAGACACAGACGGCUGGGUGGCCGUGGGUUUUUCCUCUGACAAGAAAAUGGGAGGAGACGAUGUCAUGGGCUGCGUCCAUGAUGACAAUGGUCGUGUGCGGAUUCAUCACUUCUAUAACGUCGGCCAGUGGGCAAAGGAGAUCAAGAGGAACCCGGCCAGAGAUGAGGAGGGAGUUUUCGAGAGCAACCGGGUGACCUGCCGUUUCAAACGGCCGCUCUAUGUCCCCAGAGAGGAGACACUGGUGGACUUACACCUGUCGUGGUAUUACCUGUUCGCAUGGGGUCCUGCCAUUCAAGGUUCCAUCACGAGGCAUGACAUCGACAGCCCGCCCGUCAGUGACCACAUGAUCAGUAUCUAUAAGUACGAGGACAUCUUCAUGCCUUCCACAGCGUACCAGACCUUCAACUCCCCCCUCUGCUUACUGCUCAUCGUAGCUCUCACCUUCUACCUACUGAUGGGGACCCCUUAAUGAAGCACAGCAGACCACAGAGGAGGAGACGAAGCAGCAAUAAAAACAAGUUGACAUUUUUUAGAUACCACAUUCAAGUGUGCACUUUGCAUAAAGUGUUAGACAUUUUAAACACAUAGAGAAUAUACUGUAUAUCCCUAACUCUGAACUCACCCAGAGGAUCCGGAAAAAUUAUUAAACCUAUAUUGUAUAAGUGUUAUGUACUGGGGUCAGUACAAGAGGUCUGAUAACAGAAUAGUUUCUUAGUUUAAAUAGGUCAACUACUUUAAGUAUUUAUCGUAACUUCCAAGUGUUAAAAAAUUACAAGGGGUACACAUUCACAAGUAUUCAAAAAAUACUGCAUGCACUGGAAAAUCUAGGAAUGAUUAGGAAAAGCUGAUGUUCACUGGGGAUGAGAAGAAUAUG